AUGGCUGCAAUUACACGCAAUCCGAUGGACUCGAUGAAGUCCACUUGGCGUUCGUGGGAUCGGACGCAGUGGAACGCAGCCCAUUGGCUCAUUGAGAUCCUGAACAUACACCAUAUGGAUCUUGACAAAGAAGUUCCAGUUCACCAGAAGACCGAUAAGGUGCCUUACGCACCAGAGCUACAAUUCCAUCGCUGGGUCCUCAUCCACGCCAGCAUCCCCCUCAUCAUCCAUCAACUCUACAUCAACUAUGUCGGUCAACCGUCCACGCUGCUAGUCUUCGCUUUCUAUAGCCUGGCGCUGGAAUUUAUUGCCAUUCACGAAGUGCAUGUCCUGCGCGGCGUCGGGCAUAAGAUUGGAUAUUUUGAUGGCGACAAGCAUCCUCGUGAUGGUGUGCCCGACGUUGGGGUACGGAAGACGGUUCAGACUCUUCUGUCAGUCGUAUUUCUGCGCCCAAUGGCCACCGUUAUCCUCUCCUAUCGCGCGGAUGAAGGACCCUCCUCCAUCCGGUGGUUGUGGCUCAUCUUUGAAACCGGCGUCUACGCAGUUGUCCUCGACUUUUGGUAUUACCUGUUCCACCGCGCCGCACACGAGACCGAACACCUCUGGCAGUUCCACCGCAGACACCAUCUGACAAAACAUCCCAAUCCUCUUCUGACAGCGUAUGCGGAUCUGGUGCAGGAGUUCAUCGACCUCGUCGGUACCCCUCUUAUAACAUACGGCACAAUGAAGCUGAUGGGGUUCCCCAUGGGCUUCUACGAGUGGUGGAUUUGCCAGCAGUAUGUGAUUUUCACGGAGAUUUUGGGCCACAGCGGUCUGCGGAUGAUCGCCACCGCGGUGAAUCCCUGGACCUCGUUUUUAAGGCUGUUCGAUAUGGAGCUCUUGCUCGAGGACCAUGAUCUCCACCAUCGCAAGGGCUGGAAGAGCAGCUACAAUUAUGGUAAGCAGACCCGUGUGUGGGAUCGCUUGUUCAACACAUGCGCAACUCGUAUAGAGGGACACCGGGAUAAUAUUGACUAUGUCAACACUGCGGAAAUCCCGUUACACUGA